CAUCAACACCGUAUGCAUCUUGCCCAUCAUGCGCGUGAGCUAAUGUGUUAUACUGUUCUACCGUUGAUCAUAGAUCCUGCGACUUGUCUACAUCGCGCUCUCAGACAGCGAUAUCCCUCAGAUCGCCAGUAACCAUGUCUGCCAGCAAAUCCUGGAGACCAUCUACAUCUUCGAGCAAGAGCCGAGUCUUGUCAACUUCGAGUCACGAGCUCCCACGAUGGCGUAGCCCUUCUCCUUCCGCAUCGAUGAUCCCGCCGCCUAUCGUGCAAAGCCGGUACAUAGCACCAAAGGAGACAGUCGCCGAAUCUGUAUACGUAGAAAAACCAACCGAAAUUGAGGACAAGCAGCAAGACAUCGAAGCCGAUCUCCAGUUCCUGCUCGAUGCGCAAGCUGAAGGUCUAAUACGAGGGCUAGAGGGACGCUCGGGGGACAAUAAGAGCUCCACGGGAAGCUCAACGCCUACGGUGCACAGCGUACCAGGAUCCAUCGCGAGAAGAGCACGGCGGCCGGCUCGACGACAGCCAGGGCUUCGAAGCGCUCGCAAGGGCAUCUACAACAGCAUUGUUGCAUUGGCAAACCUCAAGAACGAGGAGCUCACAGACAUUCGCAGCGAGGUCAGAGAGACAGAGGGAAACCUCAGGCAGAUCGAGACAUGGGAAAAGAAGCGGGCCGGUCUACUUGAAGCAUCAAGUCGCGUGGACUCGGAAGAAGAGACGGUGCGCGUACAGCGGCUCAAGCAAGAGGCAGACACAUUACAAGCCGACAUCAAUCAAGUUGAGCUGAGUCUCGUAGAGAUGAAGAGCAAGCACCGCAAGCUCAUGAGACAAAUCGCUGCUGUGGAAAAUGCUGUACAGGCUCGUAUGGCAUCGUACACGGAAAGUCUGCGACUCCUCGAGAGCGACGUGGAUAAGUUCCUACGCGUCAGUCCAGACAGCUCAAAUGGAAGAACAGCAUCUCCCGUGGCAGCAAAAGCAUCGGUCUGGCAGUUACCACCUCAACGCAGGAAUCUUGACCUAGCGAAAGAGUACUGGUGUGAACGUCGCGAGCAGGUAGAUCACCGCAAGAAGGACAUUGAGUUCGAGAAGUCCGCUCUCGUCGAAGGCGCAGAGCUAUGGCGGCAAGCAGUCGUAGAGGUGACCGAAUUCGAGAAGCAGCUUCGCGCUGAGAUGGCCACUCUACGACCAUCAUCGCCUAAUUCGCAAUCGGCCUGGGAGGAUCCUCCUAAUAUGAACACUGAUCACGCUGAAGGCAUGCAGCAGGUACUUGACAAAAUCGAUACAGUCGCGGAAUCACUACACGCGAAGUUGCAAAAAGCUGAAGAGAACAACUGGAAGCUAUUGCAAGCUGCUAUUGGCGCUGAGCUUGAUGCACUCAGUCGAGGGAAACAGAUCAUCGCUAGUGCUCUCACAGCGGCUGACGAUAGAACGGUAGAAACAGAUGACCAUGAUCUGCGAAAGGGAGACACAGGCGAAGAGAUCAACGCGCUGGAUCAAAGCUUCGCAACAGCACGACAUAUAGAUGAAGAGGAUGAAGAGCCGCCGCCUGAACUACUCUUCUCUCAAGCCCGUGAUAUAGACACGGAAUGAACGCUUAUCCAUCUUCUCC